AUGUCCAACAACAAUAACAAUAAUAAUCAAGACGACAAUAUAAAUCAUGAACUAGUCAAUGGUAGUUGUGUUGAUGGUGUAAUACUCAAUGAAGCAAUUGAUAUUGAUGAUGGUGAUAAGAUCAGUUUAACAAAGGAGAGCGAUGAAUGGAAGCCAGCUACUUCAAAGACAACUACCUCAUCAACCAAUACUACAAAUACAACUCAUCCACCUCGUGUUGCCUACUUCUUGGAGAGACAACAACGACUAUCACAACAACUGCCAGAAGAUGACUUGAAGAAAGUCAAUUGGAAAUCGAUGGAGUCGAUGGACGUUGAUACUGAUGAUCGACAGACACCAUCACUCAAGAAAUGUUCCUGCAGACAGUUAGUUCAACGCUAUCCAUGGAUCAAGACCUUCAUCUUUGUAAUCUCCGUGAUCCAAGUAUUCUACUUCAUAGCCUCACUCUGUCUCCAUGGAUUCGCGACGCCAUCCGUCAACCCAAUGCUUGGACCACCUUCGAGAUCACUUAUGACUCUUGGAGCCAAGUUUGCACCUAUGAUGGUGGAUAACCUGGAGUUGUGGCGCCACUUCACUCCAAUUAUCCUCCAUACUGGUGUCGUUCAUCUGCUUUGCAACUUGCUGUCCCAGGUGUUUAUUGGACUACCAGCUGAGAUGAAGUGGGGAACUGGUCCCAUGGCAGCAAUCUACAUCACAUCAGGCUUUGGUGGAAUAUUAUUUGGAUGUAUAUUCAACUAUUGGUCCAUCUCUGUCGGUGCCUCUGGUGCUCUAUUUGGUAUCCUAGGAGCAUUCACUACCCGUUUGAUCCUCAACAGUGAUCAAUUGGACUCGGCUGGCAGGAAGAAUAUGUUGAAGAGUCUUUUGAUCAUCCUUACAAUCAACAUCAUCAUCUCCCUCGCACCUUGGAUUGAUUGGACUGCUCACCUUGGUGGAUUCAUCACUGGAAUGAUUGUGGCCUACUCAAUCUUCCAUCCCAAAGAGAGUGCAAGGUACAUCAGUCUUAUUGCUCUGACCAUCCUCCUUGCAGGAGGUUUAAUCUUCCUCUAUCUUCCAGCCUUUGCCAGAGCUUAG